AUGGGAUUAGAUCCUUGUGAUGAUCACCGAAAUGGGAAACCCGUAGAUCACCAGCUUAUAGAUUCCCCUGCUGAUUCUCUCUCUCUCUCUCUCUCUCUCUCUCUCUCUCUCUCUCUCUCAAAUAUGAGCACUGCAAAAGGCAUAGAUUUUUUUCUUCCUGGUAUUAUACUUCGCUUCCUGACACUCAUAGGAGAAUUAAUCCUUUCUUUCCUUCUUUCUUUUUUCUUUCUUUCUUUUUUCUUCUUUCUUUUUCUUCUUUUACUUAAUUCUUUCUUUUCUUCUUUCUUUUUUCUUUCUUUCCUUCUUUCUUUUCUUUUCUUUAAUUGUUUUUUCUUUUUUCUUUUGUUCCUUCUUUGUCUUUCUUUUUUCCUUCUUUUUCUUUCUUUCCUUCUUUCUUUCCUUCUUUCUUUUUCCUUCUUUCUUUUUAUUCUUCUACUUAAUUCUUUCUUUCUUUCCUUCUUUUAUCUUUCUUUUCUUCGUCCUUUUUCUUUCUUUUCUUUCUUUCUUUCUUUCUUUUUCUUUCUUUCUUUUUAUUCUUCUUCUUAA